ACCACUCGACGCCUUGUCCACUAUGUUUAGCCUUGCUCGGACCCGUCUGGCUGCUGCCACUCUGACUGCUACUCGCACAUAUGCGGCUACUGCCGCGGCUUCGUCCUCGGGCGGUGCUCCGCUGAAGCUCUUUGGUGUGUCUGGGCGUUACGCCACGGCGCUCUACCGGGCUGCUGCGGCGUCCAAGGCUACCGCGCAGGUUGAGGGUGACCUGGCCUCGAUCGGCGGCGCCAUCGAGUCGUCGGCCAAGUUUGCGGCCUUCCUCAAGAACCCGUUUGUGUCGGGUGACGAGAAGCUCAAGGUUCUCGAUGCGGCGCUCUCGAACGCGUCCAAGGUGACCAAGGCGUUCUUUGGCGUCCUUGCUCAGUCGAACCGCCUGGCUGAUGCUGAUGUCAUCAUCGCCGCCUACCGCUCCAUGAUGAUCGCCGAGCGUGGUGAGGUCAUUGCCACCGUCACCCUUGCCCAGGAGAUGUCGUCCAACGAGGUGGCGGCGCUCAAGAAGGAGCUCGAGACCAAGUACCUCGCCAAGGGCGAGUCGCUUGAGCUCACCACCCAGGUCGACAAGGACAUCCUCGGCGGCUACAUUGUUGAGAUCGGCGACAAGUACCUCGACCUCUCGCUCUCCACUCGCCUGGAGGACAUGCACAAGCUCCUCCAGGAGUCGAUCUAACUCGUCAACUCCCUCGACCCCACCCCCUUCCCCCCCC